AUGCUGUGUACAAAAAUUCAUCGAGUCGUUUGCAGUUCGACACAGAAAUUUGCCGCGUUUCAGAAGGAUUUUCAGCGAACCUACAAGCUAUCUACCGUCACCAUGUCGUCGAUUCCACCACCACAGUCGCUUCUUAAAGAAAUGAAUGUUCCACCGCGUCAGCUUUUCGGACCCGGGCCAUCAAAUAUGGCUGAUUCGAUUGCUGAAUCUCAAUCGAAAUCGCUUCUUGGACAUUUGCAUCCCGAAUUUGUUCAAAUUAUGGCUGAUACACGCUUGGGAAUUCAAUACGUCUUCAAAACUAAAAAUGCGUAUACCUUCGCGGUCAGUGGAACUGGGCAUGCUGGAAUGGAAUGUGCUCUGGUGAAUCUAUUGGAAAAAGGAGAUCGAUUUUUGGUUGUUGAUAUUGGAUUGUGGGGAAAACGUGCUGCUGAUUUGGCGGAUAGAAUGGGAAUUGAUGUGCGGAAGAUUUCUGCCGAUAACGGCAAAGCAGUACCAACGAACGAGAUUGUCAAAGCAAUCAGCGAGUACAAGCCUCAUCUGGUUUUUGUCUGCCAUGGAGAAAGUUCGACCGGCGUCGCUCAACCAUUGGAUAAAAUUGGAGAUGCUUGUCGUGAGCAUGACGCCUUGUUCCUUGUGGAUACGGUUGCUUCCCUUGGUGGUGCCCCAUUCGAUGCCGAUGAAUUGAAGGUUGAUUGUGUGUAUUCAGCAACACAGAAAGUGCUGAAUGCGCCGCCCGGACUAGCUCCUAUCUCGUUUUCUGAUCGAGCAAUGACUAAAAUUAGAAAUCGUAAACAACGCGUUGCCUCGUUUUAUUUUGAUGCACUUGAAUUGGGCAACUAUUGGGGGUGUGAUGGAGAAUUGAAACGGUAUCAUCAUACUGCACCAAUUUCAACUGUUUAUGCACUUCGCACUGCCUUACAAGUCGUCGCAAAGGAAGGAAUUGACGAAACAAUCAAGAGACACAAGGAGAAUGCAAAAAUUCUCUAUGAUUUGUUGAAAAAGCACAACUUGGAGCCAUUCGUAGAAGACGAGAGCAUUCGUCUUCCCUGCCUAACUACUGUCAAUGUUCCAGAAAAUGUUGACUGGAAAGAUGUUGCUGGAGAACUCAUGCAAAACGGAGUUGAAAUUGCUGGUGGACUCGGUGCCACAGUCGGAAAGAUUUGGAGAAUCGGCACGUUCGGAUUGAACUCAGAUCGUUCUAAAAUUGAAAAUGUAGUUAAGCUUCUGGCGUCUGCCGUUGACAAAAGAAGAGCAAAAAUUUAA